ACACUUCUUGUCUCUCAAACCAGAAGGGUAACUACAAGAAAGAACAUCAAUGGAGGAAGAAUACACAAGGGUGAUUAACAUAACAUUGUUUGGAGUAAUCUCAUGGGGUCUCAUUUUCAUACUCGUCCGACGAAUCUUCUCAAACUACUCGUUCGAUUUCAGCACUCGUAUUGUUUCGACGAUACACGCCACAAUCGCGGUCGCAUUAGCAACUCUCACGAUUCAAGAUUGGUCUUGUCCUGUUUGUCCGAUUGCUUCUACGUCAUCUCUCCAGCAGAUGGAGACGUUGGCGUUUUCGUUGUCUUACAUGAUCUACGAUCUCAUUUGUAGUCACUUUGAUCAAGUCCUUAGCAUUGAUAAUGCCGUUCAUCAUUCUGUUUGUAUUCUUGGUUUUAUAGCUGGACUCUAUCACCGUAAGUGUGGAUCUGAGAUGGUGGCAGCAUUGUGGAUAACAGAGAUCUCGAGUCCAUUUCUUCACCUUAGGGAGAUGCUUAAAGAGAUUGGUUAUAGAGACACCGAUCUCAAUCUUGCCGCCGAUGUGUGUUUUGCAACAAUCUUCUCAUUGGCGAGAAUGGUGGGUGGACCUUACCUAGUUUACGUCACGAUAUCAGCUGAUAAUCCCAUCCUCAUCGAGGCCAUGGCGUUGGGAUUACAACUCGUGAGCGCAUUCUGGUUCUAUAAAAUCCUCAAAAUGAUGAGAUACAAAUUUAUCAAAAGAUCAAAGUUCCAUAACAAAUCUACUUAGUUGUAGUUAAGUUACUAUUAAUUGAUUAUAAUAUUGGUAAUUCCAAUUUUUAUAUUAUUGUAAUAAUACAGAAAUUUUUAAGUUAUGGUUUUCACCGAAAAUUUGUGGAAUUCCAAGAAGGGAUUUAAUAAAAGAUAUGAAUUCAACUCA